GCUUGAAAGCAUGGCAAAAUGUGAAGCUGAGCUCAACAGUUUUUAGCUUUUUCUCUUAUAAAUACUUCUUUUUUUCUCUCCACCAUACCACAAACUAAAUGGAGUUGGUGUCGGUAAUUCCCAUCAAAAUUCAGGUAAUUCCAUCUACUUCUACUUUCAUUAGGAAAAAAGAAAGAGAAAGUUCUUCAUUUCAUCUUUGCACUGAACAUUUUAAUUUUCUGUUAUAUAAUCUUUUCCAACGUUUUCCCAAACUUCAAUUUCCUUUUAACAACUUCAGCUUUUGCUCUGAUGGCCAAUUUUUUUUCCUCUUCUCUUCUAAUCUUGACACUGCAGAUGAACAAGAUAGCAACACUGCUUGUUUUGGUGGCAAUAUUGAGUCUAAGAGGAGCAGAGAGCAGGAAUCACAGGGUCCUGAACUCGGUCUCGAACUCCCUGGAGUACACUGCCAUAAGUUGCAGGGCACAUACUGCAUCAAUUACAGAUUUUGGAGGAGUUGGAGAUGGAGAAACAUCAAAUACCAAGGCAUUUCAGGAUGCAGUAAAUAAACUCAGCCAGUAUAAAUCGGACGGUGGUGCUCAGCUCUAUGUCCCUGCCGGGAAAUGGCUGACCGGAAGCUUUAGCCUCACCAGCCACUUCACUCUUUACCUCCAUAAAGAUGCUGUCCUUCUAGCCUCCCAGGAUAUAAAUGAAUGGCCUGUUCUGAAGCCAUUGCCUUCGUACGGCCGGGGAAGGGAUGCCGCCGCUGGGAGGUAUACCAGUCUCAUAUUUGGAACCAAUCUCACUGAUGUUGUUGUUACAGGGGAUAAUGGCACAAUCGACGGCCAAGGUGCAUUCUGGUGGCAGCAAUUCCAUCGGGGAAAACUGAAAUACACCCGACCUUACCUGAUUGAGUUCAUGUACUCCAGUGAUAUUCAGAUUUCUAAUCUAACGCUCCUCAAUUCCCCAACAUGGAAUGUUCAUCCUGUUUACAGCAGUAAUAUUCUUGUCCAAGGUCUUACAAUCAUUGCUCCCGUGACAUCUCCAAACACAGACGGCAUCAAUCCUGAUUCUUGCACAAACGUUAGAAUUGAGGACUGUUACAUAGUCUCCGGCGACGACUGUGUGGCGGUGAAGAGUGGGUGGGAUGAGUACGGAAUUUCAUUUGGGAUGCCCACCAAACAGCUGGUUAUCCGGCGGCUGACGUGCAUUUCCCCUUAUAGCGCCACCAUUGCGCUGGGGAGUGAGAUGUCCGGCGGGAUAGAGGACGUCAGGGCGGAAGACAUCACCGCCAUCAACACGGAAUCCGGUAUCAGGAUCAAGACUGCCAGAGGGAGAGGAGGGUACGUGAAGGACAUAUACGUCAAGGGAAUGAAAAUGAACACCAUGAAAUGGGUGUUUCUUAUGAGCGGAAAUUACAAGGCUCAUCCAGAUAAUAAUUACGACCCCAACGCAUUGCCUGUGAUCGAAGGAAUCAAUUACCGGGACAUGGUGGCAGACAAUGUGAACGUGGCCGGAAGAUUGGAAGGGAUUGAUGGUGAUCCCUUCAAGGGUAUCUGUAUAUCUAAUGUUACAAUUGGGAUGGCAGCAAAGUCUAAGAAGGUGAAAUGGACUUGCAGUGACAUUGAAGGGAUCACAAGCGGGGUGUCUCCUCCGCCCUGUGACCUUUUGCCUGAUCAGGGGCCGGAGAAGAUUAAAGCUUGUGAUUUUCCGACGCAGAGUUUGCCGAUUGAUACGGUGGAACUCAAAACAUGUACCUAUAGAUUGCACUACAUGUGAAUUUUGUAGCAAGGAACUUGAGUUUAGCUUUAGCUCCGAUGAAUAUGUAACAGCGUUCCAAGCUUCUGGGCUUCAGACAAGAUAAAUGAUGGAGAGAUCUGUCUGCUUGUAGUAUCUAAAAAGUUACAACUAUUAUAUAUGGAAAUGCUAUGGUUGAAUAUCGCAUGGUAUUGUAAGCUUACAACAUAAUGUGUUACUAUAAAAUCGACUCUUUAAAUUUAGAGAUCAAUUUGCGAUAUUGUACACAUUCACUUAUUUAAUAUCAUGUCAUAAUUGCAAA